AUGAGUAGCGCGCGGUGUUACACUUAUAUGCCGGGACCACGGCCCCUUCCUGUAAUCGGAAACUCGUGGCGAUUUGCUAUCGGUAAAAAUCCGUGGAGAACACGUGCUUUGGAUGUGACGUUGUGGUUCCUCAGAGCCUGGGCUGGCACUGGAGGAGCAGUUAAAGUGGCGAAGUUGUUUGGGCACCCUGAUUUAGUGUUUCCGUUCUCUGCUGAUGAAACAGCGAAGAUUUACAGACGAGAAGAUGCGAUGCCACAUAGAGCCAAAGCGCCAUGUCUCAGCCAUUAUAAGCAAGAGUUGCGGAAGAAUUUUUUUGGUGAGGAGCCCGGACUUAUAGGAGUACAUGGUGUACCUUGGUCUAGAUUUAGAUCAAAAGUCUCUAAGGCACUUAUCGCACCAGAAGCAUCAAGAGCUGCGGUUCCAGAACUGGAUUAUGUAGCUAACGAUUUUGUCAGCAGAAUGGAAUGCAUUCUUGACAGUAAUCGUGAACUGCCAAAAGAUUUUCUCACGGAACUCUACAAAUGGGCCCUUGAGUCCGUAGGCGCCUGGGCGUUAGGAACUAGAUUGGGAUGCUUGAAAGAAAACGAUGCUGACGCCAAAGAUAUCAUCAAGUGCAUACACGGUUUCUUCCACAGUGUUCCUAUUCUUGAGCUUUCUGCACCACUAUGGAGAUUAUAUUCUACUCCUACUUAUAAAACAUACAUUGAAGCAUUAGAUGCCUUUAGAACACUUUGUUUAAAGAGACUGACUGAUAAAGGAAUUUGUGCAGAGAUAGCUAAAACCUAUGGAGAAAAGGUGGCUGCUAUUUUGGCAUUGGAUCUGCUGCUUGUCGGUGUAGAUACAACGGCAGCUGCUGCGGCGAGCACUAUGUAUUUCCUAGCAAAUAACGACCGAGCACAGAGAAAACUACAAAAGGAGUUGGACAAAAACGUUCCGCAAGCCAAAAUAAUGGAUUGUAAGGAUCUCGAUAGGUUGCCCUAUCUCAAAGCAUGUAUAAAGGAAUCAUUACGAAUCAAACCAGUGAUUUUGGGGAACGGACGAUGCAUACAAUCAGAUACAGUAAUAUCUGGAUACGAUGUGCCGAAAGGUUCCCACGUAGUUUUUCCUCACUAUAUUCUGUCUAAUGAGGAAAGAUACUUCCCAUCACCUAAGGAGUACGUGCCAGAGCGAUGGUUGCGGACUCAGGAUGUAAGCGAAGCAAUGGAGUGUCCCUUGGGACACGACCGUAAGAUAGCAGACGUGUGGCGCAAACAGAAGGAAACAGGGAUCCACCCAUUCGCUUCUCUUCCUUUCGGUUUUGGACGUCGCAUGUGUAUAGGAAAGAGAUUCGCUGAAGCGGAACUACAGCUUUUGCUCGCUAAGAUAUUCCACCGUUAUGACGUGACGUGGCGGUAUGGCGAACUAACCUACAGCGUGACGCCCACAUAUGUGCCAAACGAGCCGUUGCGGUUUACUCUACAUCACAGAAAUAAAAGAAGCAACAAAUAA